AUGAAUUGUAGUGUUCUCAUAUUAGGUGCAGGUGGACUGGGCUGCGAAAUCCUGAAGAAUUUAGUGAUGUGUAAGAUUUCAUCUAUUCACAUCAUAGACAUGGAUACAAUUGAAUUGACAAACUUAAACCGACAAUUUCUUUUCUCAGAUGAGGAUAUUGGGAAGCCAAAGGCUACAACAGCAAUUAAGUACAUCGAGACACACUUCCCAAAUAUACCUAUUAGGCUGAUUCCAUUAGUUUGUGACUUAACUACUUUAAAUAUUGAAUUUUAUGAACAAUUUGACUUUAUAAUAUCGGGAUUAGAUGCUAUCAAACCAAGAAGGUUCAUCAAUGAAAUAAUCAUCCAAAUAGUAUGCAAAUCAACUUUUGAAAAAGUCAUACCAUUUAUAGAUGGUGGUACAGAAGGGUUAAAGGGACAUGUGAAGACUAUACUUCCAGGUUUUACUGCAUGUUGGGAAUGUUCAAUUAAUACAUUACCAAAAGGGCAAGAUACUUUACCAAUGUGUACAAUUAUUAAUAAUCCAAGAAAUUUAAAACAUGUUAUUGAGUACGUGAUUACAAUAAUAUAUCCUUUAGAUUCAAUUAAAUGGGAUGAUGUUUUCGCUGAUGACAAAUCGGAUAAGAUCUAUCAAAAUAUUUUGGAUGCUUCUUUUACUAGAGCUAAAGAAUUUAAUAUUGAUACAAGUGAAUUGAACCUUGCGUAUGUGAUGGGUGUCAUCAAACGGAUAAUCCCCAGUGUCAGCACAAUGAAUGCAAUGAUUGCAGCUAACACAUGUAACGAAUUUCUAAAGAUUUAUCAUGACAUGAUAGAGAUAACUGAUUCAGGUACCAUCCAGGCAAAUAAUUUUACAAUCCUAAACGGUGCGGAAGGUUGCUUCUCUUACAGUUUCCAAUAUGAAAGACUAAAAAAUUGUUCGGCGUGCUCGAAACUCUAUCCUCAGACAUAG